CAGCGAAUAAUCGGAAAUAACGACCAAAUCCCAAUGCACACUUCACUGCCAAACAAAAAACCCUUAAUUUCCCAUUUCACUAAACUUUAUCAACAAACUUUCACCCAGUUCUUCUUCUCUUCCAUAUUUUUCUUUAAUCGCUACUUAUAAUGGAAAGCUACGUAUGGCAAAUAUUAAUUUUAGGAGUGAUUUCAUGGACAACGCUAUUUCUCUUCAUGCGAAAGAUUUUACCCAAUCGUUCUUUUGAUUUCUGCAAUCGUCUCGUUUCUACGAUCCAUGCUAUAUCCGCUGUCACGUUAGCUUCUCUUUCUGUUCAAAAUUGGAGGCGUCCGAUUACUCCCUUGGCUUCAGAAUGUUCCCCGAGUCAGGUUAUAACAGUAGCAGUGAGCGUUUCUUAUCUGAUAUAUGAUCUGGUGUGCUGCCAAUUCGACGUGCGAUUCAGUUUUGAUAAUACGCUUCAUCAUUUGGUUAGCAUUCUUGGUUUAGGAGCUGGCCUUGUAUAUCGAAAGAGUGGGACAGAACUAGUUUCAGCUCUGUGGCUAACAGAAAUUUCAAGCCCUUUCCUGCACCUAAGGGAACUUCUCAAGGAACUUGGUUACAGGAAUACUGACCUUAAUUUGGCAGCCGAUAUAGCAUUUGCCAUGAUAUUCACAUUUGGACGAAUGAUAGUCGGCCCUUAUCUCACAUAUGCCACACUAAGCGCUGAUAAUCCACUAAUUAUUCAGGUAAUGUCAUUUGGAUUACAGAUGGUGAGUGCUUUCUGGUUCUACAAGAUUGUAAGGAUGGUGAAUUACAAGCUAGCCAGUAGUAAAACCACAUCAAAAAAGGUUAUGCUUGCUCAAAAGUUGAAUUAAGCCGAUGAUAAAUUUCAGGUGGGAAGUGUGCUGGCACAAUGUUCAUUGCGAUUGAUCUGCAAGAAACUUAUUGUACAGAUUUGACCAUCUUUUAAGCUUAAAUUUCUCUGUACCCUUUAUUUUAUUUUAAUAAUUAGUAGUAAUAGAUUAGCGUGACCAUAA